AUGCAGAGAGGCACGCCCGUUAGAAAGCCAAACGCCUCCACCUCCGACCUCCUCACUUGGUCGGAAACUCCUCCGCCGGACUCCGCCUCCGCCACUCGCUCCGGCCAGCCUUCAGAUAGAAUCAGCAAGGUUCUCCAUGGCGGCCAGCUCACCGACGAAGAAGCGCAGACGCUAUCCAAGAGCAAACCGUGCUCAGGGUAUAAAAUGAAAGAGAUGACUGGAAGUGGUAUAUUUUCUGCCAAUGGGGAAGAUUCUGCAUCAGAAGCGAAUGCUGCUAAUUCCAGUAGCAGAACAAGCAUACGCAUAUGUCAGCAAGCAAUGAAUGGAAUUAGUCAGAUAUCCUUCAGCACUGAUGAAAGUAUUUCUCCUAAAAAACCUACCUCGAUACCUGAGGUGGCGAAGCAGCGUGAACUGAGUGGGACAAUGCAAAGUGAUUCGGACUCAAAGAGUAAGAAGCAAAUAUCAAAUGCCAAGACCAAGGAGCUCAGUGGAAAUGACAUAUUUGGCCCUCCUCCUGAAAUUGUGCCUCGUUCAGUGGCAGCUGCACGCACUUUGGAAUCAAAGGAAAGUAAAGACAUGGGAGAGCCUCUCCCCAGAAAUGUCCGAACAUCAGUGAAAGUUUCCAAUCCUGCAGGUGGCCAAAGUAAUAUCUUAUUUGGUGAAGCACCCGUUGAGAAGACAUCAAAGAAGAUACAUAACCAGAAGUUUGCGGAGCUGACGGGCAAUAAUAUUUUCCAAGGAGAUGUUCCUCCAGGCUCAGCAGAAAAGCCUCUGAGCAGGGCUAAGCUGAGAGAAAUGACUGGCAGUGACAUAUUUGCUGACGGCAAGGCCGAAAUCAAAGACCCUGUGCGAGGUGCACGGAAACCCCCUGGUGGAGAGAGCAGCAUUGCCUUGGUUUAAGUUAUUUUAACUUACAAAAAUACUAUUGACACCCUCUAAUACUUUUUUUUUCUUCUCACACAUCUGUUGAUUGAAAUUCAUGUGGUUGUGGGUCUUAUUUACAAAAUAGUGGGACUCGCGUUAAUUUCGGUCAAUGAGAAAAAGAAGAAAAAAAAGUAAUAGAAAGUGUUUUUGCUAGUAUUUCUCUAUAACUUAUCCCUUUUGACCGUAGGCAUUCUAAAAAUUCAUCUGAAUUCCCAUGUUUUUUUCAGUAGAAGGGUCCGUGUGUUAUCAGCAUUGUAAGUUUCAACUUUCAAUGAACGUGGCAUAAUCUUACUUUACAUUUGAAUGACGAAUGAAACCGGUCCCUCCCGGACAAGGUUUUAGA